UAUCCCUCCGACUUCCCGUAAUGAGUCCCCGGCGUGCAGCCUCUGCUGUUUAGCCUCGGUUCCCUUUUGCGUCUUCUCGCCCCGGCAUUCAGUCCCCGGAGAAGUAAUCUGAUUUUACAACCGGUUUCGGUCGUGGAGAGCGGAGCGGACGUCGCGGGCACGGUGCAGGCGGAUAUAGUAACGGCGCAGGGUUGUAUUCCUCCGCGGCUCCGUUUUCAUCAGACUGUUUUGGUCUUGCUCGCCUGUGGCAACCGCGGAGACUUGAGCGGCGGUGAUCUCGUGCGCCCGGCCUGCAGCCCCAGCCGUCCCGUCGCCGCUAGGCCCGCGCUCUGACCGCCCCGGUCUUCUAACCACUUUUGUGACUCGUUAUUUUUUAUAACGCAGAGGAGAAGCCGCUUCCUUUCGCUUUCACCCCGGUUCGUCAGCUGCUGCUUUUGACUGCCGGUUGUUUAUGGGACCGUCAUGUCCAUGAAACAGACCGGUAAUAACAGGAAGCCCGGCGGGGCCAACGUGCCGGCGCCCGGAGGAGGAGGCAGACAGAACAUGGGCAGGGGAAGAAGCAGUGGAAAAGGUCCUCCUCAAUCUAUUUCUUUUGAUGGAAUCUAUGCAAACACGAGAAUGGUCCACAUUCUUACUUCAGUUGUGGGUUCAAAGUGUGAAGUACAUGUGAAAAAUAGCAAUGUAUAUGAAGGAGUUUUUAAAACCUAUAGUCCUAAGUGCGACUUAGUACUUGAUGCCGCUCAUAAGAAGAAUAAAGACUUUACUGGGUUUCCAAAGCGUGAGGACAUUGUGGAUAGUAUCCUGUUUAAGGCUUCCGAUUUUGUUAUGGUGCAGUUUAAAGACAUGGAUGUAAAUUAUGCCAAAAGAGACGGAUUCACAGACUCUGGUAUAUCUUCUAAAGUGAAUGGUGAGCACAAGGAGAAAGAUCUGGAACCGUGGGAUGGGGGCGAUGGCCUUAUUACUAGCAGUUUGGCUGCUAAUACCGAGGAGCUGGAGUCUUUAGAUACAGAUGUAUUUAAUGGUUGGGAUCCCAAUGAAAUGUUUCGCUACAAUGAAGAAAAUUACGGUGUGGUAUCAACAUAUGACAGCAGCCUUUCCUCAUAUACUGUUCCCUUGGAAAGGGACAAUUCUGAAGAGUAUUUAAAGAGAGAAGCUAGAGCUGCACAAAUAGCUGAAGAGAUUGAGUCGAGCUCCCAGUAUAAAGCCCGUGUUGCCUUGGAAAAUGAUGAGAGAUCUGAAGAAGAAAAAUACACUGCAGUACAACGCAAUGUAUGUGAGCGAGAAGGACACUCUGUGGCCAGGGAAAAUAAGUAUGUCCCCCCUGGACAGAGGAAUAAAGAUGGCAUGUCAUGGAACAGCCACGGUGUAAGACAGAAUUCACCAAGAAUGGGCCAGUCUGGCUCAGGCCCUAUUCCUUCAAGAACUGGAUCCCAUUCUUCAGACUUCAGCCCCAAUUCUGGACCCGAUCAAAGAAUAGUUAAUGGAGGUGUUCCCUGGCCAUCGCCUUGUCCAUCUCCUUCCUCCCGCCCACCUUCUCGCUACCAGUCAGGUCCCAACUCUCUUCCACCUCGGGCAGCCACCCCUACAAGGCCGCCCUCCAGGCCCCCUUCGCGGCCAUCCAGGCCCCCGUCUCACCCCUCUGCUCAUGGUUCUCCAGCUCCUGUCUCUACUAUGCCUAAACGCAUGUCUUCAGAAGGACCUCUAAGGAUGUCUCCCAAGGCACAGCGGCACCCUCGAACCCAUCGCGUUUCUAAUGGUAGGAGCACAAUGGUUGGAGGUCUUGAAUUUGUUUCCCGCAAUGAACCUGGAGAAGUGUCUGCUCCACCUGUGGCAAGAAACAGCUCCUCGGGUGGCACUUGGUCAUCAGUUGUGAGUGGAGUGCAAAGACUUUCGCCCAAAACACACAGACCCAGAUCACCAAGACAGAGUGCUAUGGGUGGUGCUACGGGACCAGUUGUAAGUUCUCCUCAGGCCGGUUCUGUUGCUUCAGAAUCUGUUACCAUGCCCGUGCCCACUGGAUCUCCAACACCUGCAAGCCCAGCCUCCAAUAGAGCAGUUACUCCAUCUAAUGAAGCUAAGGAUUCUCGGUUACAAGAUCAGAGGCAAAUUUCCCCUGCUGGUGGCAGAGAGUCUAUUAAACAAAGUGAUUCUUCUACUUUUAGCAAACCUGAAAAUAAAGUAGUGUCACCAUUGGCUUCAGAGCAAAGAAAGCAACUGGAUGAUUUAAAGAAGUUUAAAAAUGAUUUUAGGUUACAGUCUAGUUCUAGUCCUGAUGCCAUUGAUCAGCUUCUUGGCAAAAAUCGUGAAAACUUGGAAAAACCCAGAGAACUUUUGAAAGACAAGUCUGACUCUAACUCCAAGGAGUCUGCCAGUGAAAGUGGCAGUAAUGCACCUACAAGCAACAGCAGCAGUAAGCCAAGCAGCCCCAGCAUCUCGCCAUCUAUUAGCAGUAGUGGUUCUGAACAUAAAAGAGGACCAGAGGUUACAUCACAAGGUGUACAGACUUCUGGACCUGGCAAGCAGGAUCGCGAGGACAAGGAUGAGAAAAAGGAAAAUGCCUCAGAGCAAGUGAGAAAAUCUACUUUAAAUCCAAAUGCGAAGGAGUUCAAUCCACGAUCGUAUGCUCAACCUAAGCCUUCUACAACGCCAACCUCACCCCGACCACAAGCUCAGCCAAGCCCUUCAAUGGUGGGACAUCAGCAGCCGACCCCCGUGUACACACAGCCAGUUUGUUUUGCACCAAAUAUGAUGUAUCCAGUUCCUGUGAGUCCUGGUGUCCAGCCAUUAUAUCCUAUUCAAAUGACAAUGCCAGUCAAUCAGGCCAAGACAUACAGAGCAGGUAAAGUACAAAAUAUGCCUCAGCAGCGUCAGGACCAGCAUCACCAGAACACAAUGAUGCAUCCUGUAUCUGCAGCAGGACCACCCAUGGUAGCUACUUCACCUGCCUACUCUGCGCAGUAUGUUACUUAUAGCCCACAGCAGUUCCCUAGCCAGCCUCUUAUGCAGCAUGUGCAGCACUAUCAGUCACAGCAUCCCCAUGUAUAUAGCCCUGUAAUUCAAGGAAACUCUAGAAUGAUGGCUCCACCAGGACACGCACAGGCCGGUUUAGUGUCGUCAUCUGCUACACAGUAUGGUGCUCCAGAACAAACACAUGCUAUGUAUGCAUGUCCUAAAAUUCCAAACAACAAGGAGACUGCCCCUUCUUUCUACUUUGCCAUUUCCACUAGCUCUCUAGCACAGCAGUAUGCACACCCCAGUGCUGCAUUACACCCACACCCUCCUCAUCCUCAGCCUUCAGCCACUCCAACUGGACAGCAGCAAUCUCAGCAUGGAGGUAGUCAUCCAGCACCAAGCCCAGUUCAGCACCAUCAGCACCAGGCGGCCCAGGCUUUGCACCUUGCUAAUCAGCAACAACAGAAUGCCAUUUACCAUACGGGGCUGGCUCCAACUCCACCUUCUAUGACCCCAGGCUCUAAUGCUCAGUCCCCACAAAACAGCUUCCCAACACAGCAGACAGUUUUCACAAUCCACCCCUCACAUGUCCAGACUGCCUAUACCAAUCCACCUCAUAUGGCUCAUGUGCAACAGGCUCAUGUUCAGUCGGGAAUGGUUCCUUCUCAUCCAACUGCUCACCCUAUGAUGCUGAUGACUGCACAGCCUCCAGGUGGUCCUCAAGCAGCGCUUGCACAGAGUGCAUUACAGCCCAUUCCUGUUUCUACAACUGCACACUUCCCCUACAUGACACAUCCUCCAGUCCAAGCACAUCACCAACAACAGCUCUGAACUUGGAGUUUCUGUGAAAAAAAGGCUGGAACCCUUUUGUAGGCCAAAAAUUCUCCCGCCACCUUCUUCCCACCGAUGGAAGUUGUGACAACUAGAAUUUCUCAUUUUUGUUUAUAAAAAAAAAAAUACAACAAAACCUGAUUUCUGCUAACCUCCAAUAGGAAUGCUAACUGAUCACCUU